AUGCCAGAUUUGGAAUCCCAGGGUACACCCAUCAAUUUUGAUCAGUUGAGUAGUUCUCUCGCAGAUCACUUGUAUGAUGCGAGUACCAAGGUAAACAGUGUGCAAAAGCUUCUGUCGCGCCAAAAGGCACGCAAAAACUCAACAAAAUUAGAUUACCGAAUUGUCGAUUUAGUGGAAGAAGCUGCUGCGCUGCUCAAGCAAUCACGGUCUGACUUGCAAACACUUUUGGAUUGGGAUACGCGACAGCUGACAAAACAGCAGGUUUUGUCUCAAGAGAGACUUCAGAGAGAAUUUGAUCAACUGUUGAAGCAGUUCCAAUCACAACAACGAGAUCUAGCAGAGGUUCAACAUGCUGUUCUGAUAGAAGCUCAAAAGGAUAGCAAUGCCUCAAGCAGCGAGCGUUCUCAUCUUUUAGAGAGAAAAAAUGACUACGAUGAUAGUGGUAAUGGCCAAUAUGAAAGCUUAAGUGAGCACCUCCACCACAAACAGCUUACAGAACAAUUACAAGAUCACCCGUCUGGUGAAUUUCGAGAAUCUGCUCAAGAGCAAAUGCUAGAUGUGGUGCGUCAAGAAGACGUGGAUUUUCAACAAAGCCUUCUUCAAGAGCGUGAGCUAGAGAUUCGCACAAUACAGGAAGGGAUUGCGGAAAUUAAUGCCAUUUUUAGAGACCUAGGAACUCUGGUUACUCAGCAAGGUGAGCAAAUUGACUCGGUAGAAGACAAUGUAACCGACAUGGCGGCCAACACGCACAGCGCAGUCGACGAGCUGGUGACAGCUAAUGAAUAUCAGCGCAAAAAGCGUAACUGGUCAAUACGCGUUUCUCUUCUGUAUAUAAUGAAAUUCUCUCAUGCCGCUGUGUUGGCUCUCGCGUCGUACGCCUCGGCUCUCGACUUGAGCUCUUUUAGCCAACUCCGACUUGGUCUUUCUGGACUUUUUGAUAAAUCCGAGGCCGCCCACGAUUACAAACCCUCCAACGAAAACCAGCGUAUGGCUCAGCGUCUUAUUGGUUCAGUCGCGUCAUCUCUUGGACAAACCUGGGACCAGAUUCCUGACAAUGCCGUCGAUGUGUGGGCCGAGGUUCUUGAAAAAUUCCCUGACUCUGUUGCAGAGCUCAAGUUUAAGGCCAAGCAAAGCCUUAAGAGCUCUAUCAAUUCUUUUAGCAGUCCUCUUAAGUCUUUUGCCACUUCUCAAGAAAAACCUAAAGAGCAAACUGAAAAGGAAAAGGAAGAGUUUGAAGCUGCAGGUUGGGAAGGCGUUGUUGUUAACCAGGCUCUUCCUAACCACAGUUUACGUUUCAAGUCUCCCGAGGUUUUAGGAGUUGAUUCGACUAAACAGUACUCCGGUUACCUUGAUGUUGCAGAUGGUAAGCAUUUGUUUUUCUGGAGUUUUGAGUCGCGCAACGACCCCAAGAACGAUCCUAUUGUUCUUUGGCUUAAUGGCGGACCUGGCUGUUCCUCUCUCACUGGUCUUUUUUUUGAGCUUGGUCCUGCUCGCAUUGACAAAAACCUGAAGGUAGUCAAGAACCCAUACUCUUGGAAUAACAAUGCUACUGUUAUUUUCCUUGACCAGCCUGUUAAUACCGGUUACUCUUACACUGAAGGCGAUACCGUGUCUGACACGAUUGCCGCUUCCAAGGACACUUAUGCUUUCCUUAAACUCUUUUUCCAAGCUUUUCCUGAAUACGCUCCUCUUGACUUCCAUAUUGCUGGUGAAUCUUAUGCUGGUCAUUAUAUUCCCGUCUUUGCUUCUGAAAUUCUUUCUCAUAGUGAUAGAAACUUUAACCUUACCUCUAUUCUUGUUGGCAAUGGUCUUACUGAUCCUCUCAGACAGUAUGAUCAAUAUGCCCCUAUGGCUUGUGGAAAGGGCGGCGCCCCUCCUGUCCUUGAUGAUGAUCAAUGCCAGGGUAUGUAUAAUGCUCAGCCUAGAUGUGAUCGCCUUAUUCAAGCUUGCUACUCUUCCCAAUCUGCCUGGAUUUGCACUCCUGCCGCGAUAUACUGCAACAAUGUCAUGAUUGGACCCUAUCAGCAAACUGGAAAGAAUGUUUAUGAUAUUCGCACUCCUUGUGGUAAAAGCAGUUUGUGUUAUGAUGACCUUGAUUUUGUUGACAAGUAUCUCAACCAAGAUUUCGUCAAGCAGGCCGUCGGUGCUAAGGUUGAUACUUACACUGGCUGCAACUUUGAUGUGAAUAGAAACUUUUUGACUGCUGGAGAUUGGAUGAAGCCAUAUUACACUGCUGUCACUGAUGUGCUCUCUAAGAAUGUCCCAGUCCUUAUUUAUGCCGGUGACAAGGAUUUCAUUUGCAAUUGGCUUGGUAACCAGGCUUGGGUCCGCCAACUGCAGUGGUCUGGUUCUACAGGCAUGGCUAACGCUAAGGUUGAACCUUGGCUUGUUGAUGGUAAAGAAGCUGGUCAGAAGUUUAACUACGAGCACUUUACCUUCUUGAGAGUUUACAAUGCGGGCCAUAUGGUUCCUUACGACCAACCAAAGAAUUCGCUUGCCAUGUUUAACAAAUACAUCAAUGGUAACUUGAAACUCAAAUAA